UAUAAGGGUUUAUCCUUUCAUUCUUCAGCCAUAUUUUUUCUUGGUUGUUUGGAAACCACAUGCCUCUACAUGUGAGCACUGCAAUUUCCCUUCCAUUUCCUUUUAAAAAAAUAUAGGCAACCACUCUUGGAAUUUUCUUUUUCUUUGUACAAUUGGAUGCCUAUAAAUGGUCCACAAGAAAUGUCAGAGACUCAAGGUUGUUGUUUAUGUUAAACCAUCUUAUAUAAAUACAUAGAAAGCUCAGGCCACCACAGCAAAUUCUGGCCUUGUCAAAUUCUGGUUUUUCUUCCUGCUUGUUUUAUUCUUGUUCUUCAUCUUCUUCUUGAAUAUGGGUGGAAUACAGAGACAAACGCUUCGCGAAUCACGUUCGGUUGCGGUAUGCCAAGAGUUCCAUGAAAAUCUGGAAGAGCAUUGGGUGAGCAAGAGGAGUGAUCACUACAACGUUGCUUCUUCUACAUCUUCAUUUGAAGAUUCAUCAGUUUCCAGUGGAUCUCUAUCUUCGAUAGAAGAUGCGUGUUCAUCGACUUCGAACACUUCUUCUGAAUCUAGUGGACCAUUGGAGGAUUUCACAGAACUUCUUGCUCAACUUCCUAUCAAGAGAGGACUAUCCAUGUUCUAUCAGGGAAAGUCUCAAUCUUUUACAUCUCUAUCAAGUGUAAAGAGCAUAGAAGACCUUCCAAAGAAGGAGAAUCCUUACAGCAGGAGAUUGAAUGGAUAUAAGAGCUAUGCAGGUGGCUUAGACACUCACAAAUCUUCCUAUACUCUUCCAAAGGCUCCCACUUUUAAGAAGGCCUCAAGAAGUUCUGUGUCUUUUGUCCAAGUUAGGAGAGGCAGUACUACUUUGGCUCCUUCCAUUCCUGUAUAUGAUGAGAGUUUUUGAUCCCUAAGCAAGCACCUUUCAAGAAAAUUGACCAAUUUUUCUUUUAUAACUUUUGCUUGUACAGUAGGAAUGCAAAUCAAAAUUAUAUUGUUCCAUCAGAGUUUCUGAUGAAGAUUCCCUCUUCAUUCAAUUAUUUUAGAA